GGAGGUGAUUAUCUGGACAUGUGGAGAAAAAGGUAAAGGAGGGUGGUGAGAGAAUCCCUUUGCUUUUUUUCGCUUUAUGUUUCCUUAAGAAGUAAGGUGAAUUUGAUGCUCUCUCAAAACAGAGAGAUUUGGAUGAUUCUUCUAUUCAAUGUUAUCUUUUCCCCUAACAUCAUAUGCUGAUUGCUUACGCAAGGAUAAGAUUGGGAUUUCGGAAGUAAAUCUCUUCCAAAUCGUUGUCACAGGAUCCAUACAGGUUGUAUAUAUAUACAUAUAUACAUCUAACUCCAUUUAUAUUCUCUUCAGUUGCCGCCAGGCAAAAAUGUCCAUGAUGUUGAAGAAGAUUACGAUAUCUCUAAUCUUCUUGCUCUCGAUAUCGAUGAACAUCUAUGCGCAGUUUGAGGACUAUUGCAUAGCGGACGAGCAAACUCCGGAUGAUGUGUUGAUGGUUGCUAUGAAAUGGGCUUGCGAAAACGGGGCGGAUUGCGGGCCCAUUCAAGAGAAUCAGCCGUGCUAUCUCCCGAACACAACAAUGGACCACGCCUCGUACGCAUUCAACAGCUAUUACCAGAACAUGAAGCACAAAGGAGGCAGUUGCUAUUUCAAUUCCGCUGCACUUUUAUCUGCUCUUGAUCCAAGCCAUGGCGCAUGCAAAUUCCAGUCUCUCCCUUGAGAACAAAAUGGCAGAAUCAAAUGUAUUCACAUUUGUACGGUUGUAGGAAGUCUAAACAUUUGUGUUACAGAGUUUUACAGUGAAAAGUUUAUGAAAUGUUUUUUUCCCUUUUUAUUAUUAUUAAACAAUUUUUAAUAAAGAAUUAUUGAAAUUCUGUUA